UGAGUCUCCAUUUUUUUGUGGUUUUUGACACUUUCUGACAGGCAGUGGUCGAUACCAAAAUAAAUUCCUUUUUAAGUUUCUUGAAAACUAGAGGACAAUCCGUCGAAAUGGCUUGCAAAUUCUGUGGCCCUAAACUUUCGCUUGUCGGAGUCGUGUUAAGUGUUUGGGGAAUUAUUCAAUUGACUUUAAUGGGCGUUUUCUACGCUAUUAAAGCAGUAGCUCUACUUGAGGACCUUCCACUGGGUGGAGAGCAUGAGACCCUCAGUGAUUUUAUUAGCGAAGUUGAAACUGGAUACACACAGAAUUCACACAACUGCUGGAUUGCUGCACUACUAUAUGUGAUCACACUUGUCAUUUCCGCCCAUCAAUUCUGGUUGAACAACCGCUCUUCAGUUAGCAUGUAAAAACUAGGGCUCAAGCAAACAGAAGUUUACCUCCAUUCCAUUAUUUAGCUUUACCAGAAAAGUGAAGUAUCUUUUUUGCCUAGUAAGACUCUUAGGCAGUGCUUAAGUUGAGAUAAUAUCAAGUUUUCCUGACUUGUUUUGAAAUAUUUGAGGUUCUUUAUUAUGAGAUGAUUGCUUAUUUGAUUUAGUCAUUGUUAUUUAUUUGGUAUUAGUUUUUGCCUCUGUUUUUUUUCACUGGAUUAUCCUCUGUCAGUUAUCCUGUAGAGACCCUAUUUUCCUGGUUAAAGGUAAAUGGACAUAAUUGACCCGCUUUUCCAAAAGUGGCAAAACAUGAACUAAAAUAUUAUGUAGUUUUAAAUUAAGGAAAAUAAACCUUUUAUUAUAUAUUAUAAAGAUUUUAUUAAAAAUCGAUGGGGGAAAAGUAAUUAAAUAUUGAAAAGAGCGUUGUUUCUCUUUCAUUGUACAAAAAUAGUUUAUAUAUCGUGAUUCCCAUGUCCCAAAACAACGCGACCCGACCUAUAUCGCGUGUUAAUUUAGCUUGUGUUCACUGCUGUGGGUAUGGUUUCCAUACUAAAGCAUCCGUUUACCUUUAUAUUAUAGCCUUGUGAAAAACCACUUUGAUCAAUAAGUUACUAUAAUAUGAAAGAAUGAUGAAUCAACUAACAUUAGCACUUAUAAUUAAUUUUGAUUGCAAUACAAAUAUGAGUCAUAACUCCAAACUCACAAAAUACUAACUAAGUAUGUACAAAGAUACAUUAUUUUUCUGGAAAAGUCUUAUUAAUAUAGUGCUUGUAUUGAGAUUAUUACAGCACAAUAUUGUUUUAAGUAUAUUAAUUAAUACUGUAUUAAACGAAUUCUGAAUUUUUAAACUCCUAAUGACCUUUAUUUUAUUACAUAGUGAUGUAUUAACUUGUUAACUUUUCUCAAGGUUUACAUUCACAAAUGAAAGUAGUAUUCAAUUUUAUUUUAUUUUUAUUGUCUUAAUAUGUGUGAUGUCGACUAUUGUUAUAUUAUACUCCUUUCUUAGUGUAAUCUUGUCCAGCAAAUAAUAAAUAUCACUAUAUUAUGUGAAAUUAUUAUGCUUACGAGUGUUGGCUAUCAAAUAUCAAUUGUACAUAAAAUAAAAUAAUUUAUUAUUACAGUAGGUACAUUGUAAAAUGGUUCUAUAGUUUUCUUGAAUUAAAUAAUAUUAAUGUUA